GGUUCUGGGAGGGUGACAUUGGGCGGCGCUAUUUGCAAUACCUUGUCUCUAGUACCCGGCAGAAGGAGGUCGGUCAUCCAUUUCUAUUUUGCUGCAGGCCUUGAACGUUCAUCAUGGCUCAGGCAGCUCAAAGGCUUGUAAAGGCUGUAACCACAAAGACUCCUCAGCUUAUUGGCGCUGCUGUCGGCUACUCCCGUCCACGCCUUGCUACAUUCUGGUACUAUGCCAGAGUUGAGCUCGCCCCUCCAAGUCCUGCAGAGAUCCCAAAAGCCAUUGAGAGCAUAAAGGGUCUGGCCAAGUCUUUCCAAAGUGGCCGCCUGUCUGAGCUCACUGUUAGGGAGGCCCUGCGAAAUGGUCUGGUAGUUACAGAGGUCCUUAUGUGGUUUUAUAUUGGGGAGUGCAUCGGAAAAGGUGGCCUUGUAGGAUACAAUGUUUGAGACUUUUUUUUUCCACUUCACUAUUGUGAUAAUGACAUCAUGGACUCAAUAAACCGUAAAGAAACUCUUCUUCCUCAACAUCA